AUGCGAGGCUCGAUCCCGUGGAUGGCGCCCGAGGUCAUCGCGCACUCGCGGCAUGGUCUUGCGGCCGACAUCUGGAGCUUCGGCUGCGUCGGGAUAGAGAUGGCAACCGCGGCGAUACCGUGGGGCCGCUUCGACAACCCGAUGGCAGCCAUGGUGAAGAUCGGGAUGUCGUCGGAGACCCCUCCCAUCCCAGAGGGCCUCUCCGACGCUUGUCGCGACCUCAUCGGCCACUGCGUCGUGCGCGACCCCGAGCUGCGCUGGAGCGCCUCCGAGCUGCUGCGCCACGAGCUGGUGCGCGACAUCCCCUCGCUCGAGUGA